CCCACCCCUCUCCUCUUGCCAUGCCAGCCUCUCCUUCAGAUAACCGAACUAGAUGGAGGAAGCGCAAGAGAGAUUCGCAAAUCAGUCGGCGCCACCAGAAGCACAAGGAGGAGGAGGAGGACGACGACGACGAAAACCCCAAUGCGGAGGAAGACCUCACCAAACACAACUACGAUUUGGAAGACCAAAUGCACCACAACCACCCUAAUUCGCAACCUCACAUGGAGACGGAGGUCCUCUCCGACCACGGCGUUCAGAUUUUUCAGUUCCCAACGGUGAUGAAGCGCUCUGUGAACUGCCCUCACUCCUCCAUCACCGCAAUUGUUGCUCUGGAGCGUGCCCUCAAGUCCGGAGAGAACAAGGCUCCAAGCGCUCUCGCUGCUCCGGUUCUCGAGAAUGUGUCUCAUGGCCAACUUCAAGCACUGUUGUUUGUUCCCUCCGAUAGCUUUGCUUUCGACGGUGAUUCCUCUUUUGUCAUCACUCCCCCUCCCAUUUUGGAAGGUCGUGGCAUUGUUAAGCGCUAUGGAACUAAGGCUCUUGUAGUUCCAAUGCAUUCAAGUGAAUUGAAUUUCCAUCUUGUGUUUGUUUGGCUUCAGUUUCGUGUUUCAGGUUUAGACACUUUGAGUUGAUGUUUAAUUUUGGUUUGGGGUUUAUAUGAGCAGAUUGGUUUUUGCCUGCCACGGUGCACAGG